AUGUCCACAUCAGCAGAGUCCCAGCUUGCAGCGGUCAUCCAGAAACACUAUAGUCCCUACGAGCUCUGCAUCGCCCUAAGCCACUACGCCAAAACCGUGCAACAGGAACUCGACCGUCUCACACAACAGCAGCAACAGCCCCAACCACAAGACUCAUUCUCAGCCGGUGAGAUCUACGCCAAUGACCCAGCACCAGCCCAAGCAGAGCUAGAUCGGCUGGCUGCUCUAGCUGCCGAGGUAGGACCUAUUAUCGAGCAGGCGUCUUCGUCUUCAUCUGCGGCAAAGCCUGGUGAAAUUCAUAUCUUGCGACAGGUGACGGAUGAGGAUAGGAGGAAGAAUAAUCCGUUUGGAUGGGCGUUUAAGCCGAUUCCUGGGACGCCGAUUCCGUGGCCGUGGAAUUGGCCGAAUCCGUUUACGGGAAGUAAUGCUGGGCGGGGGUGA